AUGGCUGGGAAGGGUGCCACUGGAGCGAAGUUGGAUAUGCGGAGCGUGGCAAGCCCUUCACGAGAUGGUUUCCCAACACCAGCUACGCCCGUAUUAGCCAUACAGGACAUAUCUUCUGGUCGUCCUGCUAGUGAAGCAGGGCUUCCGGUCAGUCGAGGUCGUGACCAAGCAGUGCCAUCAGAUUCAGCCUCCAGGAGCUCAAGCGUCUCCCGGCGCGAUGGUUCGGUAUCCAGGGGCAGACGUCGCAACCCCGACGUUUCCAGGGGCACUGUGCUCGUCCAGCAAGCAAGACAGACGAGCAGACCGAAGAGUCCGGCCCCAGCCACCUCUGAGUCGACUCCGCUAAGCCAACAAGAAGGCGAGGAGACUCAACCGAGCAAUCCAGCAUCAACCACGGAGCCUAUUGAGUCGACUGAGUCGAAGAGGCUCGAGGGUGUGAGAAAUUAUUUGAGAGGCCUCGCGGAAUCACACGGCAUUCUUUAUCUAGUCAACAAGGAGCCGACGCCCGCAACAUGCGAGGAGCUCUUCAAGAAUUUUGCCUUAAAGGUCUCCGAAGAAUGCAGUACAAGGCACGAGAAGCUUCAGGUAGAGAUUUCAAAACUCGAGGCCUCGACGCAAUCACACGCGCAGCUUGAGGGGGAAAAGACUGCACUGCAACAGAUCGUGGCAACGCAAACCGACAAACUUGGCGACCUUGGCUCGCUUGAGCAACGGGUACGAGACCUCGAAAUCCAGCUCACGAAGUGUAACAACGAGCGAGAAAACUUCAAGUCGGACCUGGAAGCAACACAGAACCAGCUCAAGACGGCUGCGAAUGAGUGCAACGAGAAAGAGAUUAGCCUGCAGCACCGCACAGCAGAGCUCAAUGAAGUUCAAUUGCGCAUCCAACAAAUGGCUCCUCCAGUGAACGAGGAAGAGCUUAAAAACACCAUAUCUAAACUCCGUGAUCAGCUAAAUGCCGAAAUGUCAGCCAGGGCAUUAGCGGAGCGCAAACUCGAAGACGAGAGGGGCGGGUGGCAGGCGAAGGAGAAACGGCAUGAAGAUGACAUAUCUUAUAUGGAAAAGCAGUUGGUGGACCACCAAAAGCAAGUCAAGGAAGCGCAAGCCAUAGUCGAGAGUCUUCGGAAACAAUUGGUGGAGCAGACCAGGAAAGUCUCCCAAGCCCAAAUCGAGGUGGAAAACAUGACUUUCACCGUCGACCACGAGAACGUUCCCCUUGCCGAAUAUCGCAAGCUCGUCGACAAUGCGAGGGGCGAAGUUUCGGACUUGGAGUUGCGACUAGCCCAGGCAGAGACGGAACGCGACGAGGCACUGAAGCAAGACGUUCCCAUGGAUGAUAUGCGAGACAUCAUUGGAGAGGUUGUCGGCUUCUACGGCCUCGCCAUGGAUGAUGCCGCGAGCAACCUAUACAGCAACUGGCGAGAAGAGGAAGCUAGACUAGCGGACUUGGUGUGCGACGGCAACGACGGCUUCCGCAGAUACCCUCAUGCUGUCGUGCUUUCCGACGAAAAGCCUUCGCAGUCACUGUCUGAUGAUCUAUUCUCGCCUCCCAAGCGGGCUUCUGGGGCGGUGGCUUCGAAAUCUGAAGAAUCGCAGACCGAGAGCGAGCCUGAAGUGAGGCUUAAUCUCGCGAAGGAGCUUGGAGAAUUCAACAGCCAGUCCUCCGCGGAACCGGAAGAGAUACAGGGCAGCCCCAAUCGAACGCAACAGACACUCGAGGACGAACUCGACAGACUCGAUAGAGUGUCUUCGGCAGGGUCUCAGGGAAGCAAGGUUAACCAAGGAGACAUGUCUCUUGAGCUUCGCAAUACCCAAAACGCAUUGAACGAAUGUCAACAUCAUCGCAAGGAAGCCGACAACGAGAUCAAAGAUCUCAAAGACGAUGCCAAGAAGCAUGUUCACGAAGUUGCGGAGCUGAAAGCAAGCGCUCAGGUGCUGGAGCAGAGAAUCAAGGAGCACGAAUCCAAUGCCGACCGAAUGAGGGAAGAAGCCAGCAGACUAUCUGCCGUCCAGACGCGCGACAAACAAGACUCCGAGACCAAGCGCAAUGAAGCCAACGAGAAGAUCAAGAACCUGGAAGUCACGCUCCAGCAACGGACGAAAGAGCUCAAGAGAUUCCAGAAAAGGGACGAGUUCAUGUCGCAGGUCUCUGAACAGCUCAAGAGGCAGUUAAGCGCUGUCCACGACAGACUAGGCAAAGCCGAGGCCAAGGCUACGUACGCCUGCGCGCGAGAAAAGUUGGCACAGGAAAAGUUGGCUCAAGAGGCUGCCACAGCGGAUGGAUCGAGCACGGGCUUGAGCUCGCUGGACGACCCAGGAGAGCAUCUUCAGCUUGUGGCCGACUUGAUCGACCGCGUGGACAAAGCGGAAAGCGACCAGGCGACGACCCGGAAAGAUCUGCAAGAGGUUCAACAGAUGAUGGCAGGCCUCGAUGAGGAUGCCAAACUACUUCGGGAGGAAAGAAACAGCCUGGCUCUCGAGAGGGGCCAGCUCCAGGAAGAAAAGGUGGAAUUGGUCCAACAGAGAGACACGUCGAAGGAGGAUCUCAAGACGUACAUGGAAUCCGCGGACGAAGUCGCAGAGAAAUACGUCAUACUUCUGGAGCGACUACAAGAAACUGAGCAGGAAAUGAGGAAGAAGAUUGAAGAGAUCAUACGCAAGGACAAAGAAAUCCAACAAAAGGAUAGGGAAAUAAGAGAAAAGGACCUCUUACUCAGGGAAAAGAUGGAGGAGUUGAAGGCGAAGCAAAAGGCACUCGACUACUGCCACGAACAUGGCGAGCGCCUCAAUGCGGAAGUACGCACACUUGAAGAGAAGGUGGUCGAAUUCCGGAACAAAUGGAGCUCUGCAAAAGAAAGAUACGACAGUGAGCUGAAGAGGCGCCUCAUAGUGGAGCAAGAGGGUGUCGAUCACCUCGAAACUAUGAUCAAAGGCAAGCUGAUUGAGAAAGACAAGGAAUUGCGAGAAGAGUGGAUGGCGGAGCACAACAAAACCGUCGACAAGUUGGAGAACGACAUUCAGGCCUUGGAGAGAAGAGCUGGGGUGGGCAAGACUGAGCUGGAGAGGACCAAAGCUACGCACCAGGAAGUAGUGGAUGGCCUCGAAUCCAAGAUUCACGACCUGCAGAGCCUCAAGUCAGCUGCUGGCGAGGUUGCAGAUCCGACGGAGAUCGAAGCUCAACAGAAACAAAUGGAGGAGCUCAAGCUUAGGGUUCAACAGCUGGAGAGUCGGAACCAAGCCCCCGACGAGGAUGCUGGUCUAGCCAAGAUCAAAGAUGAACAUCAGAAGACGGUGGAUGCCCUCGAGCUCAAGAUCCAGAAUCUGGAGGAGGAUCACCGGAGGGAGUCGGCAGGACUCGAAAGACAAGUCUUGUCUCUGACGAGCGAGAACGAGGGACUGACGCGGGUCUUGUCGGGCACGACCGUGCCGAGCGGGAUCAUGAUCUCUCAUCAGGGCACGCAGACUCACUACGCGCCGCCGGUCGAGAGCUCGACGCGGAACCCCGAUCACCAACCGCCUAGCGAGGUGACUGUGAAGGCGACAUCAGGCAACCAAGGCACACCUCCUGAAUUCAGAGCCAUGCACCAGCAGUUCCAAGACACUUUCAAAGGUCUGAUACGAAAGCAGUCGGCCACCGCUGACAAGCUUGAUUCCUUCUUCAAGAGGUUGUGCGACACACUUGGGAGGAUGGAGCUACCAGAAGAUCCUGACGAGUACGAGGUUGACCGCCUGGUAGAACUUCGUGACGCCUUCCAGGAAGCUCGCACUAAGAUGUACGAACUGGGCAUGCAGAAGAGGCACUUUUUUGAGACCAACAUUGAGAACUACCCGGACGAGCUGUACGAAUUCGCGCAGAAGAUUCACAUGUACAAAGAACGGCUCGAGUGGAUCGAGGUCAGGGCCGCCAACACGGCGGCGAAUACGGCGGCGAACAGGGCAGCCAACGAAGAUAGCGGCGGAAACAAUGUCGCCGGGAGCGAUGGUGAGAAUCAACCUCGUCAGUCCGAAGGCAGCGACUGGGUGACUGCCAGCAGUAGCGAAACUCCUUCUGGCGACGAUGAUGAUGAUUUUGAUAUAGACGGACCGGACCCUGGUGACGAUCCAAAGAAACUUCGCAAAGCCAUCGUCGCAUUGGAGAGGAUGAGGGACGAGGCCUAUGCGACCCUAGAGCAAGAGGGGCGGAUAUUGCGCAGAAACAUUGCUCAUUACGGAGGGAUCUUCAACCGGCUAUACCAAGAUCUGGGCAAUCCGCGCGAGCCAGCCCGGCAGAUCCGACGAGAACAGAGGGCCGUGGGACAGGCCGUUAGAGACUUGGCUGGCUCGGAGGCCACCGUCGCCGGGCCAAGCUCAGCCGCCGGCACCCAGCCGAACAUCGCCGACCCCCCGCUGCCCCCAGACCCUUCACUCAACCGUCCGUCAGAGGACCUAGACAAGUGGAGAGGCAAGAAGAAGGCUUACAGAUUCCCCGACGACGGCGAUCCAGGAAGUUCGGGCGAUGGCACCGUCGAUGGGGACGACGAUCAGUACGUGUCGCCCAAGCGAACUGCUUGGGAGGCACGCGUACAUACCAUCCGGGAGAUUCUGACGCAAACAUAUCGGGAACAACGGGCUUGCAUUUACGCUCGAAAUGCCAUCAUGGAGGCCGCGCGAAAUCUGCAAGUCGCUGAUGACCCCGUCCGUCAACAGCCAGGACCGGCACCCUCCGGCGUUCCUGCACAUCCGCUUCCCAGCGCACCUACAAAUCCAGGAGACCCGGGAUCUUCUCACGCGGGACCGUCGUCUGCUGCCGCGCAGCCAGCCACCCCGGACAGCCAAAACGACGAGUCCCGGAGGGCAUUCCAGAGCCACAACGCAUUUGACGACCUCGCAACCGAAAUCUCCUCGCAGGCAUCAAGCGACUUCUUCAAUUUCCCCACCACGGACCGAAUUCUACCGUCCUACCUCCCAAGAAGCAUCUGGGACCCGCUGAAUGACUGGUCUAUGUGUUGUGAGAAUGUGCAAAGCAAUCUUGAACGUCUCAACUAUGUAAUCGAGGGCCUCAUUCACGACGGCAUCAACUCCCAAAACUACGAAUUCCUGCGCAGCAGGGCUCGACAGUUCAAGAUCAUGCUCGAAAAGGCCAAUGCGACAAUCGCCUCCCUCAAGGCAAGGGAGGUCAACGAGUUCGUGGGCCGGUCUGACAACGAGCUCGUGGAAGAGGCUCAGCGGCUCAAGAAAGAGAACAAGGCGUGGGAACAGAAGCUUGAAGACUUCAAGCAGAUAGCCGCGAAGCUACGAAACGAGGAGAGGCUCGUACGCUUCGCUGCAGAUGCUCGCGCAUCGACUUCGGAGAAGAUGAACGAAAAGCUGAAAGAGACUAUCAGCAAGUUGGAAAGCGACAAGAGGCAAGCUGUCGACGACGGCGUGGACAAGGAGAUCCGCGAGACAAUAUACUACUACGAAGAGCAAAAGAAGGAAAUUGAAAAGAUGGAGCGCGAGAUCGCGAAUCUGGAGAAGAAGCUUGCCGAGGAGCGGUCGACGAAGAGCGCCGUAUUCGACGAGACCGUCGGUGCCGUCAAGGACCUGCAAGAAGAAAUUCGCCAGCUGCGGAGGGCCAACGAAAAGUUGGUAGACAGAGGCAGGACGUUGGCGACCGACAUGGAACGGGCUCUGGACGCCACGGCGGGUACAUCGGGAACUGACGCACAAAAGUUGGCCCGGAUGCGGCAGCGCAUCACCAACGCUCUACACCUGGACGUCCCCGACUACCAAGAAGAGGUCGAAGAUUUCCCGAUUGAGGCGGAGUCGGAGCGAGAGCAGGAGUUCGUUGACGCAAUGAAGGAGUACGAGAGGCAGUCGAAGAAUCUGCGAGAUCUCAACGACCGGCAAAUCCGCCAGCAAAAGCGAGACUUUGACGACCGACUGGCUAAACGAGACGCUUCUAUGAGGCUUCAGCAGUCCAAGUUGAGGGAGAUCAUGGCUUCGCAGAGGCGGCGACUCGGGUUGUGCGAGAUGGAGUUGGAGGCCGAGAGGAUACAGCUCCAACAUGCCAGAAAGAGGAUGACACUGAUGGAGAAGCAGCUGCAGGAGCAAGCUCAAACUAAUGUAGAUUUGAUGAUUGAUCAGGAUGAGCAGAACUUGAAGGCUGCUGAAGAGGGGACAUCUGGAGAGAAGCCUGUGCAGGAUAAGAAGGAGAAUGGGAAGCAGCACGCAGGCGCACCCGGUGGUCCUGGUGGUGAUCCCGACGACGAUGAUGAUGAUGAUGAUGACAACCAUGGUGAAGGUUCCAGCGGCGGACCUGGCGCCAAACCGGGCGGCGGUCCUCGAGGACCCGGUAAGAAGCAGACAGGAAGCGGCAGGACGUGUGGCUGUCCCUGCCUUGGUGCCUGCGAUUUAGCAGGCAUGCCGGUGCCUUCUAGACAAAAUGUCAUCGACGACCUCAUCAGGAUGAUCGCCAAAUACAAACGUUGCUGUGGUCAUGAACGCAACACCAAAAGCGUCACAAGCCAAGCGACCGCCGAAUCCGCCUCCGGAACGGAAGCGGCGGUGGUCCCCGAAGACGACGGCCUUCUCCUGGUACGACUGGCCGGCCUCCUGCACAUGGACAGCGACACGAGAGCAAGAAUCGAGAAUCCCCGCCUAAGCUACCUCGUGCGCCUCCUCCUCGCCUUCUGGAGUUGCAUAAGCAUCCACGGCGUCGCGUGGAAGCAGGUGCUUUACUGGCUGGUCGUCGGGAACCUUUACUCGGCCGUCUACUACCUGCCCGGCAGGCGCUGGAGACCGGGUCCACCAACGACUCCGUCGCCCAAACUCGUGGCGCUGGCGAUCAAGGACGCGAUCAUAUUGUACUGGUUCUACUACCUGUACCAGGCGCUCAUGGCGACGUGGGCCGUGCAGAGGGUCUACGAUAUGGCCAACGGGUACACGAGGGCGUACUACAUCGAGAGAGCUCUGCAUCCGGAACGGUCCAGGUGGUGGGGUCUCGACGGGAUCGAUAUGAGGCUUUCUGGGUUCUCUACGGCGGAGCCUCCUGUUCCUAUUACUACUGACGAUGGGGCGGCGGGCAUCAGGAGGGGACUUUGA